UAGAUACCACUACCAAUGCCUUCCCCAACACAAAUCCAAAGUAGCAAACUCGGGCAUUUUACAUCCCCCAUACUCUCUAGCAACUUAAGAAGCCAAAUGAAGGUGAUGAAAGCCAUGAAGAAGCUCAAGUUCUGGACAAGAAAGAAGAGGAAAAAGAAGACUUAUUUCUUGGCAAAUCCACCUCCACCUUCACGUCCACCACCGCCUCCACCACUUCACUGUAGUUGCCAUUGGCAAUGCCACCACCAUGUUCAGCCUUCUGCUCCACCCCUACCAGAGUGGCUCAACUACAAGCAAUCCCACGAGGCCCUUUUAAUAUCUGAAGUCAAUGCAUCUUUUUCAGGCUCGUACAAUUCAAGUGAAGCUCAAUUUGUUCCCCAACAAGAAGAUAAUGAUUCUGAGAUCUGCUGUGAAUAUCCCACUUCUUAUCAACAGUAUACGAUCCCAAAUCCAGUGUACGGUAUUCCUGCUGUCCAUGAAUCCAGAAAGGAGAGGGCUGGUGGAGUGUUCGGAUGUGUGUUUAAUAUUCUUGGCUGCAUUUUUCAAUGUUUCAAGCCAGCUAGCAAAUAAUCCAUCCCAGUGUAAUGUUUAUGAACCAAUUCUGGAAGUUGUCAAUCGAGGAGCGUGUAAACAUGACUCCCAGAAUGGUUUAUGUUGUCCGUUUUAAAAAUAAAAAAUUUAAGAUCUCAUGCAUUUGAUGCCACAUAUUUAAUAAUCCCUCUAGUGAUGGUUAGUGAUUUUCACUUGUAAACGCCAUUUAAGCAACUUCAGCCGAAUUUCCACACAUUACUAAUUAUCC